AUGCUGAUCAGAUGGACAACAGGCUUUGGUCACAUUACCGUCGCCUAUAUCGCCUCCAACUUCGUCUCUGACUCCACCACCUCCUAUCUUCAGACCCUCCUCCGCAAUGACACCGGCGACUACCUCGCCGGCGUUGCUACCUGGGCAGAUUCUAUCCGGUACACCAAAUGGGGCCGCUUCACCUCGGGCUUCCACUUCAUCGACGCCCAUGACAAUCCGCCGACCUACUGCGGCGUAGAUUACGACCGUGACUGCAAGAAAGAAGCCGGUUGCGUGGUCAGCGCUUUGCAGAACUACACCUCCCAGCUUCUUGACACUGAGCUUCCACUCUGGCGGCGAGCACAGGCAGCAAAGUUUGUGAUUCACUUUGUUGGUGAUAUUCACCAACCGCUACAUACCGAGGAUGUGGCGAGGGGAGGCAACGGAAUUCAUGUUACGUUUGAAGGAAAAGAGCUGAAUUUGCACCAUGUGUGGGAUACGAGCAUUGCCGAGAAGUUGGUGGGCGGCAUUCGCAGGAAGCCGUAUCCGUUUGCGAAAAAAUGGGCCGACGAGUUGACGGAGGAGAUCAAGAGUGGGAAGUACGCGGCGGAGAGCAAGUCCGGCUGGCUAAGGGGGACGAAUAUCACGGAUCCGAUUGCUACGGCUCUAGGGUGGGCGGUUGAGGGCAAUGCGUUGGUUUGCACUACCGGUAAGUUUUUGGUAACCUUCGAAGGUCAAAGACAAAAGCUAACAUGUCUCGGUCAGUAUUGCCAGAAGGCGCGGAAGCCAUCGAGGGCCAGGAGCUGGGAACGGACUACUACGAAAAGGCCGCUCCUGUCGUCGAGGAGCAGGUUGCAAAGGCUGGCUUCCGGCUGGCUGCUUGGUUGGACUUGA